UUGCAGGCGAAUGCGUCGCUACUAGUAGAUGCGCAGUGAUCGGAGAGGUCGAAAUCGAAGUCGAACGCCACCCCGUUCGCAGAUCCCUCGCUCAAACCUGGUGCGGUGGUAGGGGGGACCGUUGUGUGGUAGAAAAUUGAGGCGGGUUACGGGUUUUUUUUUUGCGCGCGCGCGCCCUAGCCCAACGUUCCGGUAAUUUCCAACGCGUUCGCCAAUCAUCGUGCGUGUGCCAGGUUACGCGAUACAGAUUGGUGUGUGUGUGUGUGUGUGUGUAGUGCUUAGUGUCUCUCCGUGGGUGAAAGUGUGCCCUCUGUUUGCUCAAAACAAUAACAACAGAAAGAAAGAAAAAAGAAAGAAGCAGCAGCAACGCGUACAGGGUGAAGGUCACGCGAUACAGCCCCAACCACCAGGAGUGGAGCGAAAGUUCAAGCGGCUACCCCUUUCCGAGCACCCGCUCGGCACAACCGCGAUCAACCAGCGCCGAAAAGCCCGUCGACGAUGGGUCGCCAUCACCUCAACCUGGGGCUGCUCCUGCUUACCUUCCUGCUGGGCAUCGUGUCGCUCCACGCCAGCCCGCAGUCGUACGUGCCGCUGAUACGCGAUCGCGCAAUCCGCGACGACGACAUGAACGCCAACAUCGAGCGCAUCUUCCGAAAGGACUUUGGCAAACCGGCGCAAACGGCAAAGGACGGGCAGAGCGACGAGGUGGAACCGUCGCCGACCGAGCUCGUCGCACGGGCGCACCCGAGCGGCGGCAGCACGCGCUCGAAGCAACCGAUCGACAAGAACGAGAACAGCCCGCUGCUGUACGUGGUGCGCGACGCCGAGGGCAAGCUGGUGCCCAAGUUUGCCGACCCGCCGAAGGUGCCCGUGCCGGUGCAGCCGGCCGCACAGGAGCAGCAGUCCACCGACAAACCGUUCGAGGAGGGCGACAACUACUUUCUGAAGCUCAAUGAGCUCUUUACGAACGAGCCGGGAAAGAUCACGUUCGAGAAUGGGUCCUACCCGCCGCACUAUCCGCGCGCCACGAUCGACAAAAUUCUGCAGAAGAAUAUGGACAAGUACGCGGACCUGUUCGAGGGAAGCAUCAAGCGCGAGCCGCUCUCCACGCGCGUCGACAGCGAGGGCGACAAGUAUCUGUGCAACUCGAUCGCGCACACCGAAUAUCCGACCAAGGUGAACGACUACAUGAUCGUCAACAUGGAGAACUUCUUUCAGUCCAUCUCGUACGAAACGUGCAGCAAUGUGGGCGGCAGAUGCAGCAACAGCCACACCGGCCACGGGUACGAGCUGAAGUGCCAGCAGACGUACCGGACGCACAAGCUGUUCAGCGUGGCGCCGAACGCGAACAAGUUCGAUCUGGUCGAGGUGACGUUCCCGUCCUGCUGCAAGUGUACGCACGUCCGGGUCGCACCGUAAUGAUCCCCACCCAUAGAGGAGACAGAGAGAGAAACAGAGAGAGAGAGAGAGAGAGAGAGAGAGAGAGAGUGAAAGGAGAAGAAAAGAAAAAAAUGCCAUAACACG